AUGGCGGGCCGCUUUCGGAAGGCGACGACGGUGGCAAAGAGCAAAGAGGAAUUCUUGUCGCAUGUCAACGCCAUCGCUGGCGCAGAUGUGGGAGGCUUGGCCAAAGGUGUGGACAAGGUUCUGUUGCGUCAACGUGCAGCAGAACUCCAGCAGAUUUGCAAUGAGAUCUCUGCAGUGAGGGAAAGCCAAGGGAAGACGACUCGAUCUGUGCAUGAGUCUCGGUGGAUGGAGCUGGCAUCCUAUGCGUUCGUGGUGGCGCUGACUUUGCCAUACUAUGUCUGCCUCACUUAUCGCAGCUGGUUCGUGGAUGAAGGCUUUGCCAUCUAUCGAAAUCCGGAUGCCAAGGGGGAGACGCCCCUUCUGCAGGUCCUGCGGAACGAUUUCUGGGGAACCUCCUUGAACCCUCCGGAGGGCUACAUCACACACAAAUCUUGGCGCCCGUUGAUCACCCUCAUGUACGCCGGCGAGUGGCUUCUGUGCGCUCGCUAUGGCUUCGAGGGACUGGAAAUGCAGCCAAUGAGAUUUGUGAGCUGUGUAGUGCAUAGCUUGAACUCGGCCUUGCUGCUUUGGGCCAUGCGCUUGGCUUCAUUGCCGUUGAGCUGUGCCUGUCUGGGAGCCUCGCUCUUUGCAGCGCAUCCUAUCCAUGUGGAGAACAUUGUCUAUCUCGUCGGGCGCGCUGACGCGUUGUCUACCACGUUUUACUUGUUGGCCUUGAUCGCCUAUCUAUUGGCCUUGAAGAAGCAGCAGAUGGGUUUGCGCAGCUAUGCCCUGUUCGCAAUGCUGAAUGUCCUAUCGGGCCUGUGUAAGGAGCCGGGCUUCACUGCACUCUUUUAUUUGGCCUGCGUCGAGCUUGGCUUCCGCUGUCGCUGGCAUCAUGUCUCAUUGCUUUUGCUGCUCUUCUUGCUGGUUGCAGCCCUGCGGACUUGGUACGUGGGCGGCACGGAUGCGGGCUUUGGCUAUGUGGACACGCCCAUCCGCUACCAGGAUGAGCGGACCCAUGGAAGUAGCUCACAAGCAUGGCUGGUGCGUAGCUUGUCCUAUCUCUUUCAACACGCCUACUAUGGCAAGUUGCUGGUUCUCCCAUGGAAUCAAUCCUGGGACUACUCGUUUGAGUCACUUCCGAUGCUGACCACUCUGAAGGACCUUCGGCUCUCCCUGAUUUUGGCCUUGUACUUGGCGGUGACCGCGACGGGCGCGGUGGCCCUUCGCUUGCGGGGCGCGGCUCCCGCCUUGCUCUUGGGUUUGGGGCUCAUCGUGGUGCCUUUCGUGCCCAUGUCAAACCUCUUCUUUCUGGUGGGCACCACUAUUGGAGAGCGGCUCUUAUACCCCCUCACAGCAGGCUGGGCUUUGCUCGUGGCUGGCUGGGCCGCUCGCGCCCGCGUGGUGAGAUGGGCCGCUGCAGGGCUUUUGGCGAUUUACAUCAUUAACUCCAACAUUCGCAUGUCCCACUGGCGAUCGCCAGCCAUCCUCUUCAUGAAGGAUGCUGAACACUGGCACAAGAGCGUCAAGGUCUUGCACGCGAAGGCGUCAGAAUUGCAGGCGAAGGGACAACUGCCUGAAGCUUUGGAGUACUACCAGAGGUCACUGGACAUCUUUGAUGAUCAAGCGAUCACAGACUACUGCAUCGCCCGGAUUCUCAUCAAUCUGGGCCGGUUGCAGGAGGCCUAUGAUCGCUUCGACAAGAUCCUGAACGGGCAUGGCAUUGGUCUCCAUGAUGGCAACGACUUCUUGUGGAUGACGGACCUAGGCUAUUUGCUGGUGCGAUUGGGAUCCGAUGCGCAAGGCGCUCACUACUUGCAAGAGGGUCUAAGGCGUAUGCCCUACAGCAGCUAUGGCUGGAAUGCCCUGGGCGUUGCACAAGCACGGCAGGGCCAGCUGCAAGAGGCUCUGGACUCCCUGAACCAAGGCCUUCAGAUUGAGGGCGAAAAUCCUUUGCUCUGGAGCAAUAUGGCGACAAUCUACGCUUAUGGUCAGGCUCCUGAGCAAGCGCUUCAAGCUUUGAAUCAGGCGCUGCGCUUGAAUGCCGCUCAUCCUGCUGUGGCUCGCAAUGCACAGGCCUUGUCCGGCGCUGGACAGGAGCCUGUCCUUGAACUCUACAUCCCCUACCCCGGUCGAGGGGGUCGUUAA